GUAAAUUGUGUGCGUCGGGGGGACGCGGUGGUGGGUUGGUGAGCGCUGAGCGGUAUUUCGUUCUGGCUACAUAGAAGGCACAUAGUGUUGCUUUCCGAAGUUCUGAAAUGAGAGUACUUUUAGCAUGCAUGGCUCUUGCAGCCAUGCAAUGUGAAAGCAUCGCGUCGAUUGUAAGUGUGACGUACACUGAAGAUCACAGGUUUGAAGUUCACUCUGGCGCUGUCGAUAAUUGGGUUGCCCGAGCUAAUCUUACCAGCAAGUACAAUGAGACUGGGUGGGAUUUCCUUGAGGUGCAGACCAGCGGUGACUUCCCCGACACUGUUCAGGCCUACGCUGCUGGCCUGGCGGAGGCCAACGUCACCCGCCACAUGAUUGUCAUGCACUGGAAUAACACGGUGUCCGGGUACUGCCAGUCGCAGGGACAGGAGAUGUGCGACAAGCUCAACGGGUUCAUCGAGGCCAAUGACAAGUGGGUCCAGUCGAUGGUGGAGCAGCACGGCGAGACAGAUCCCUACUGGCACCAGGUGGACCUGGUGAACCAUCAGCUGAAAGGUCUUGAGGACGGCGUGGACCUGAAGCCGACCAUUCCGGGAGACCCUGGCGUCCGCUGGCUCAACCUGGCCGGCGACCUGGAGGACCUGGAGACGGCCCUGAAGGACCCGGCCGACCGGCCCGAGAACAUCAAGGCCGACUUCGGCGGCCGCGUGCUGGGAGCCGGCCACUGUUCAGCGCUCAUCAAGGUCCUGGCCGACGGCGAGGACCUGUACACAUCCCAGGUCACCUGGAACACGUACCAGAGCAUGCUGCGGAUUCAGAAGCGGUACGUGUUCGGGUACGGUCAGACGGGCGGCGCUGACAAGGCGGCCAUCGCCGGCCGCGUCUCGUCGUUCUCCUCGUACCCGGGCACCAUCACCUCGCAGGACGACUUCUACGUGCUGUCAUCGGGUCUGGUCACCCAGGAGACGACCAUCGGCAACAACAACAACGACCUGUGGCACUUCAUCAAGCCGGAGGGACAGGUGUUGGAGUGGGUCCGCGCCGCGGUGGCCAACAACCUGGCCACCGACGGCCAGGAGUGGACGUCCACCUUCUCGCGUUACAACAGCGGCACCUAUAACAACCAGUGGAUGGUGGUCGACUACAAACGCUUCAAGCGGGGAGACACAAGCCUGAGGCCGGGCGUGCUGUGGGUGCUGGAGCAGAUCCCAGGCCACAUCAUGGCCGACGACGUCACCCACGUGCUGCAGCGGCAGCAGUACUGGCCCAGCUACAACAGCCCCUUCUUCCCCGCCAUCUUCAACAUGUCUGGCAACCCGGCGCUGGUGGCCAAGUUCGGCGACUGGUUCAGCUACGAGCGCACGCCACGGGCGCUGAUCUUCCGCCGCGACCAGGCGGCCGUCACAGACGUCGGUGGCAUGAUGCGCCUGAUGCGCUACAACGACUUCAAGCACGACCCGCUGUCGGCCUGCGACUGCCAGCCGCCGUACUCGGCCGAGAACGGCAUCUCGGCCCGCUGCGACCUGAACCCGGCCGACGGCACCUACCCGUUCGGCGCGCUGGGGCACCGCUCGCACGGCGCCACCGAUAUGAAGCUGACUACCACCAAGCUGGUACCUGGCAUGGAGUUCAUCUCCAUCGCCGGCCCCACCUACGACCAGCAGCCGCCGUUCCAGUGGAGCAAGGCGGACUUCGCCGCCACUACGCCGCACCAGGGUCACCCAGAUCUGUUCAAGUUCGAGCCGAUUCAGUGGCGCUGGCAGUGGAAGUAACUGGCGGCACAGACGCCACCGGUGCCGUGAGGCUGCAGAAUUUCACCUCCAAUCGGCAUCAAAUCGACGGGUGCCAUGCUAAUCCUCAGAUACUGUACUUAAGCACAUGACAGAAUGGGCUUUCGUGAUGUGCCAAGCAUUUAUACUCCUGAAAAACGAUGGGAUACGCGAGCUUAUAGGGAUCUAGUACAAUUAUGUGGGUAUGUUGCUAAUGGAUUCACCGGGUACUCGAUUGCGUAAGGGCUGUGUAAUUUUUGACGAAUAUUUACCUGAGCUUAAUGCACGGGCUCGAGUGUAUCGCGUAGCACAGAUUGUAACGCGAUUAAUCGUGUAUAAUCAGCGGAAUCAGUCGGACGUUCAAUACAACGAAUCACGUGAGCAGCGUUU